AUGACAUCUUUACCUAAUAAUAAUCUUUAUAAAAUUAAUGAAGAUAAUUCUAUUUCUUGUUUACAAGAAAAUUGUUCUUAUAAAAAUCGUACUCCAAAAAAUAAUCAUAAUAGUAUUAUUCAACAUUAUAGUCGAUGUCAUAAAACUCAUUAUAAAUUUCUUAAAUACAAUACUAAACCAUAUUCAAAGCCUCAACAAAAAAAUAUUUCUUCAUAUGCUGAAGAACAUAAAUUAAUUGAUAAAAAUAAUAUUCCUGAUUUUAAUAAUUAUAAAAACAAAACUUUAAUUUCUAUAAUUUAUCGAUAUAUUCUUAUAUCAUUUAUAGAUGAUAUUAAUCUUGAUAUAAAAAUUACUAAUCAAGAACAUAAACUAUUUAAUUUAGCAUUUAAAGAAGCUAUAAGUGCAUAUAAAUUUAUUGAAACUAGUGAAAUAACUUUAAAAAAAUAUUCUG